AUGCCGGAUACAUGGAGUAGUGGGGGGAAAAGGAAAAGAAAGCAAACCUUACGUGGACAAGCCUCAUUAGCACGAGAAAUGGCAGCAGCAUCUCGGAAUACAGACAAGACUGCCAUCGGUAAUGAUCAGGAUCCUCUAGAAGACGGCUACACACAAGCAGACAAGGAGAACGAUUUGGAGGCAGUAACAAGUGUACAGCAGGCUCGAGGAGAUCAUUUCAAGGCAGAAAGAGACAAGUUUUCCAAGAAGGCACGGUAUUGGAAGGGAGAGACCGAGGAAUCAAGGAAGAGUGAUUCUGAGGAGGAUUACUAUCGUUGA